AUGCUGUGUCGCUCAGGACGGCUGAAGCGGCACGGGAAACUGCGCGCAAUGGUGUGGCGUGAUGUCGUCAUGGGAUGCAAGGCGGUUGCCGCUGUGCCACAGCUCAGUGAUGGCAUUAUCCGUCAGCUACAGGAAGAAACCCGCUUGCAGGCGAACCAGGGCGGCGACAGCCAUAGCAGAGAGAACACGCACAUGAGCGACUCCAUGGACUCAUUCAUCAGUCCAAUGGCGGAGAUGGAAGACGACAACGUUGACGGCAAAGGCAGCCCGAGCGGGGCGUCGGAAGUGAAGCGGGACAAGGAUGAUGAUGUCAACAACGACUCUUCUCUCCCACGCAGCUCCGCGUCUGUCGGCACCGACCAGGCUCUUAGCCCGGUGCUAGCAUCAUCCCGUCGCCACAGACAUCCCUCGCUGAGCCCGCCACGGCCAAUGCCUUCAGCAGAGCAGAUGGAGGAAGCUGCUGAUGGUUUCGGUAGAACUGGCGGUGAGAGUCCGCUAGUGCUCGCGCAAGUCCGUCGGCGCGCGGUCUCGCAGCUCUCGCGACGCGUGAAAAGCGACGCCGUUCACUUUCUUGAACUCACUAAAGACGGCGUGUCGAGUCACAACGUGACGCCCGCGCAGAACCUUUCUGGCAGUGUGUUGUGGCCCAUCUCGUGGUACCACCUGCCCGAUAACUGCCAGCCGCGUGUAGUGGAGGCGGACGUCGAGCGCUCGCUAUGGACUUUGUACCCGCACUCGGCAGAGCGCAAUGAGCAACGGCGGCGGUUGAAAAACACGAUCCUGCGCGUCCUACUCCACAAUCCAGAGCGCUUCUACUACCAGGGCUUGCACGAGCUCAUGGGUUAUAUGAUGUACGUGCUGAGUCCGUACAUGGAGCGUGAGGAGGUGGUGUCGGUGUGCGAAAGGCUUCUGGUGACUCGUUGGAAACGAUUCAGCGCUCACCAGCUAAGGAACUCCGAGGCGAUGCUGUACGCCACGCACGCCAUCAUCGCGCAGGUGGAUCCCCCCUUGGCUACAGCGCUGGAGUGGUGCAGGGUGGGGCCAGAGUCCCAUUAUGCUGUCUCCUGGGUGAUUACAUGGUACGUGCACAACAUCGAAAACCUAGAGGUGUUGGCGCGGCUAUUUGACUACCUCAUGGUUGAUGUGGAGGGUUCAGCUGUUAUCUACUUCACUGCCGCCCUCGUCAUAAGCCAGCGCGAGAUAAUCUUUGAAUGGAUCCACGACGCCAAGGAGGCGAUGGGGAUCAGCAUGUUUCCCACAGAGGUCAGUGACGAUGGCAUUAUGCUCAUGGCGCGCGUCUACGCCCAGCUCUCACGGCUGCCCAGCAGCGUACUCAACAGUAUAGACGAGGACACCCUCAACACGCUCGUGGAACAGGCAGAGCAGUACUGCACGCAGCAUCGGCACACGGCACAGCAGGAGGAACAGAACUUCCUUAACGGCGACGUCAAAAAUCUCGGCCUGCUGUCCAACCAGCGCACUCGUAAUGCGGCACUACGGCUGCUCUGGCACUUUCUGCCGCGAGAAUGGCGCAGUCCCGCCAAGUCAGUACGCGUGCGUCGCGUUCUCUGGACGAGCCUCAUGGUCGCCGCAGCGGCGAUGGUCGUGGCGACGGCAACGGUGGAUCUCAAGCCGGGUCGCUGGAUUCACGAUCUUCUGCAUCGCUGA